UGCAAACUCGAUUUACUUUUUAAGACAACCUAUCAAACCCUAUAUAUAAAUCUUCAUGUGGUGUGAUUUCUUCAAAAGUUAAAUCGUUUGUUCGAUCAAUUAGAUCUGAAUUUGGAGUAUGUUGUGUGGAUGAUUUGACCUAAUUUUGCCGAUUUCUGCUUCGAGUCAAAGUUCCGUCAAUUGUGUCUCCGAUAUCCACGAAUUAUUUGAAGAGUUUCUCAAAAAGCUUUCGCUACUUGGAGAAAAACAUUAUGUGCCACUUUCCGACCAAAAAAGAACUCGUUUUAAUUUCUCAAAGUUUAUUUGAAUAUUGUUGAUGAGGAGAGUUGGGGUGAGCACGAAUGUUCCAGCACCUAAAGGGUUGGCAGAACUUAACCACCAUAACCGGGUUGACUUAAAGGAAGGGAGAAAUGGGUUCCGGUUUGACGGGCAAGGGAUGUCUGAAGAAGACGAGUCAAGAAUUAAUGAAGAUGUGAAUAUUAUUAGGCCCAAUGAGUUGGGCCAGGCCCAUGCUAUGUUGCAUAGGCAACGACAACAACCUCAGGGGCCUGUGGUUCAAUGGGAGAGCUUUCUGCCUCUUAGGUCUCUAAAGGUUCUUCUAGUUGAAAAUGAUGAUUCAACCCGUCAUGUUGUUAAUGCUCUCCUCCGUAAUUGCGGCUAUGAAGUUACGGCUGUAGCGAAUGGUCUAGAAGCAUGGAAACUGUUGAUUGAUCUAAACAAGCAAAUUGAUCUUGUUUUAACCGAGGUAGUUAUGCCAUAUUUAUCGGGUAUUGGUCUGUUAUCCAAGAUAAUGAACCACGCUACUCGCAAGAAUAUCCCAGUGAUAAUGAUGUCAUCCGAUGACUCAAUGGGUAUAGUCUUUAAUUGUUUAUCCAAAGGUGCAGUUGACUUUUUAGUCAAGCCUAUUCGAAAGAAUGAGCUAAAAAACCUCUGGCAGCAUGUAUGGAGGAAAUGUCACAGUUCAAGCGGUAGUGGUAGUGGGAGUGGGAGUGAGAGCGGCAUACGGGACCACAAAUCCACUAAAUCAAGAAGCAAUCAAGAGUCUGAUGACAACAGUGACAACAGUGAUGAAGAUGAUAAGUUGAAUGCUAAGGGUGGGAGCGACAAUGGGAGUGGAACUCAGAGUUCUUGGCCAAAGAAGGUUGUAGAAGUUGAUAGCUCCCAAGCAAAUUCUUUGUGGGACAACGUACCAAAUCCUCAUGAUGUCACUUCUGCUCAAGUUGCAAGGCCUGAAACAUCUAAACUCGAAAUCAUUGAAAUGGGAAAGGACUUGGAGAUCGGAGUCCCGAAAAGUACUAGUUUCGAGGUUGAAGACACAAACAAAAAGAUGGACAAAUUUUGUGAAUCAAACAUGGAGAAAGUGGGUGAUAAGGUUGAUAUCAGUAUGCAACUUGGUUGCGAAACCGGUGCAUCUAGAACCGAACCUCUUAAUGCUCAUAAGGACGCUUUAAAGGCAAACCAGUUGCUUAAAAACAUUAAUAUCGAAGACAAUUAUUCUAAGGAAUCACAUGCUCUUGAGCUCAGUUUGAAGCGGCCUAGAGAUGUGGAGGAUGCUGAUGCGAGCACCCAAGAACGUAAUGUCUUGCGGCAUUCUGGUCUCUCCGCCUUCUCAAGGUACAACACUGUAUCAAAUGUUAAUCAAACUCCAACUGGGAAUGUGGACAGUUGCUCACCACCCCCUGCUGAUAUAAGCUCAGAAGAAGCAAAACGAAAUAACAUACUAUCUAACUCAAAUGGGACCCCCAAUCAGCGUUCCAACGGCAGUGACGAUUUAGGGUCCACCACCAACAAUGCUUUCACAACCAAACCAGAUGACAACCCACUCCCCGUUGUUGUUCACAAGCAUGCCAUGCAAGCACUCGUCCCUUGUGCUAAUAAUAAAGAUGCCGUAGUUAAGACCACCGUUCCACAACGAAAGGCGCCGGUUCAAGUCCGCCACCACCAUCACCACUACCACCACCAUCACCACCAUGUCCACAACAAAACUGGCGAUGGAUUUUCAAGAAACAUGGGGUCUAACUUCUUGACUGGUUCAACAGAAGGAAAUGCUCUAAAUUAUGGUAGUGGAUCGGGAAGUAAUAAUAAGAGCAAUGGUGAAAAUGGAGCAAUUGUUGAAGGUGGUAUGAUUGAAAACGGUGUCGGUAAUGGUGGCCCCACAGUAUUUAAUGGUGGUGAUGGAAGUGGUGGAAGUGGAAGUGGUGUUGAUCAAGAACGCUUAACUCAGCGUAAGGUUGCCCUUAAUAAAUUCCUCCAGAAGAGAAAAGUAAGAUGCUUUAAGAAAAAGAUAACCAACCGUGAAUCCAAACGGCCGCUUAACAACGGAGGUAAUCUGUUUUGUUUGGUUUGGUGGAUUUUGAAGGUGCGAUACCAGAGCAGGAAGAAGCUAGCAGAACAGAGACCACGAGUUCGUGGACAAUUUGUUAAACGUGGGGUCAACAAUGAGGAUGCAGAUUCGUAACGGUUGACUUUGACUUUGUUUUUGAUAUCGAAUAAAUAAAAAUUAGUCGUCGUCUAGAUAUGAAGGGUACAUUUUAAGAUACGUGGGGAUGCAAUGAAGGAUUUUAGAAGGAGGAAGAAGUUCAACCGAAUCUUCAAUUAAAACAUAGUCUCCCGUUUCUAGCAGUAAGUUUUUUUUUUAUUUCCCAAAAUAAGGUUUUUUUUCGGUUCGCUUAGAUAUCGUUUGAUUUUGGAAAGCUUUCUUCUAGAGAAGCUUUCUUCUAUGCAGAAUGUUGCUUUAUGUCUUGAACCUGUGUCCAAGUUUAUCUUUCUAUUUGAGCAAGUUGCUUUGUUCAUCUCAUUACAUGUUUCUCAA